UUUGUCUCCGGCUCCGCCAUGUUGCUUCCGGUUUCCGCCGAGGUCCGGCCCUGGGUGUUUGGUCCUACGCUCUUUCUCGGUGAAAGCCACGCCAGGGCUGACGUCCGGCAACGAGCUGUGAUUGCACAGUCCUCUCCUGUCUGAAAGAGUCAGGGCAAUGGACGCAUCUGAGGGGCUGGUGUCAUUUGAGGAUGUGUCUGUGGACUUCUCCUGGGAGGAGUGGCAGGACCUGGAUGCUGCUCAGAGGAAGCUCUACAGGGACGUGAUGCUGGAGACCUACAGCAGCCUGGCGUCCUUGAAUCAGUGUGAUCUCAAACCUGAGUUGAUCCUGAAGUUGGAGCAGGAAGCUGAGCCAUGGAAGAAAGAAGAUGCCCCAAACCAGAGCUUCCCAGAUACGCAGAAUGUGAAUGCCUGGAAUGAGAUCAGCCAGGACAAUCAAAAGAUAUGUGGAUGCGAUCUGGUAAUUGCCAAGAGCAGCACAUCAGCUAAGAGGUCUAAAGCAGGAGAAACACUUACUGGCUCACCCCGUGCUUUAAGUCUGGCUGUAAAGAAUGGCAUGACUUCUGGAAUGAGACCUGGGGCACGUAAUAUGUGGAGUGAUGUGCUCCUCCCUGGUGAGCCCAGAGAGGUGCAGGCUGGAGAGGAACUGGACCUUCCCCAUGUCACCAGGGUGUCCUCGAGACUUCCUGAGCCUCUUUGUCUGUAUGGGAACACUGAGUGUGAAGAACAGCACUCUCAGUACUGUGGGCCCAGGGAAGCUUUCCACAUGGAGACAGUGUGGUUACAGAGCACAUUCCCUAGGAGGGCUCCCUCCAGGAAGCUGAGGGACUACGGGAAAGGAAUAGAGAAGUUAGCUCUUCCUUCCCAAGGGGGUACUCAGGUACGGGAGCAGACUUUUGAAUGCAAAGUAUGUGGGAAAUUGUUCUAUAAAAAUUUUCAUCUCACACAGCAUUUAAAAACACACAAAGAAAAGAAGUAUUAUAAAGGUAAUAAUUGUGAGCCGAUGCUAAAUAUACGAUCAAAGCUUCCAAAACAUCAGAGCUUGGGUACGGGAGAAGAGCCUUCAUCAUUAUGUAAUGACGAAGAGAAAUACAUUUGUCAGAAAUCAGAAAAAAGCGUUCAGCAGAGAAUCAUAGGGGAUGGAAGGAAUGUGUAUGGGAAAACUGUGUGCUUAAAAUUCAAUUGCAGUGUUCAGCAGAACCCUCGCAGUGGGGAGAAAUCCCAUGAGUGCAAUAUAUCUGCAAAGACAAUUAGUAAGUCAGCCCUCCACCAGCUUGAGCCGCCUCACAGAUAUGAGAGAGUGCAUGCAUGUAACACAUGCGGGAAAUCCUUUUACCGUACACCAGAUGUCCACUCGCAGUCCAGAGAUCACACAACAGAGAAGACCUAUGAGUGUAAAGACUGUGAGCAGUCAAAACUCAUUGUGCCUCGGCAGGCUCACACACAGGAAAAGCGCUACGUGUGCAAUGUCUGUGGAAAAGCCUUUUACAAAAGAGCUCACCUAAAUGCGCAUCAGAGAACUCACACAGGUGAGAAGCCGUAUGACUGUAAAGAAUGUGGCAAAUCUUUUAGGCUGAAGUCGUUUCUUGUUGUGCAUCAAAGAAUUCACACAGGUGAGAAACCCUUUUCAUGUGAUACAUGUGGGAAAAGUUUCAAGCAGAGGACCAGCCUCUACACACACAUAAGAAUUCACACAGGUGAGAAACCCUAUGAAUGUAAAGAAUGUAGGAAAUCUUUUAUUCUCAAGUCAUAUCUCACUGUCCAUCAGAGAACUCAUUCUGGCGAGAAACCCUAUGCAUGUGAUGUAUGUGGAAAAUCCUUUAAGCAAAAUUCCCACCUUCAUGCACAUAAGAGAACUCACACAAGUGAGAAACCUUAUGAGUGUAUUGUAUGUGGCAAAAGUUAUAAGCAGAGUCCAAGCCUCUACACACAUAAGAAAAUUCAUACAAGUGAGAAGCCCUAUGAAUGUAAACAGUGUAGAAAAUCAUUUAGCUUGAAGUUCCAUCUCACUAGACAUCAGAGAACUCACUCGGGUGAAAAACACUAUCAACGGUUGCGUUUCACACGCUCCGAGAUCCGGACGUCCCCGCGCACUUUCGGUUUAUUUCCGGCGUCGCCAUCUUGCUUCCGGUUUCUGCGGGGUCGGGGGUGUGGAUUCCGGCCUCGGUCCCGCGCCAGCCCGUCUGAACGUCACCGUGUAGUCAGACGCCUGCCUCCUGGCAGUGACAGUCCUCGCUCUCAGAGCAGCCUGACGUGUGCUGGGGCAUCCCGGCCUCCAUCUUUACCUGCGAGUCUCUUAGGUGUGUUGGCGUCUGUUGGACAGGGCAGAAGAGCGAGGAGAAUGAGCACAGCUGUGGGGCUGGUGUCAUUUGAGGAUGUGUCUGUGGACUUUUCCUGGGAGGAGUGGCAGGACCUGGAUGCUGCUCAGAGGAAGCUCUACAGGGACGUGAUGCUGGAGACCUACAGCAGCCUGGCGUCCUUGAAUCAAUGUGAGAGCAAACCUGAGUUGAUCCUGAAGUUAGAGCAAGGAGCUGGGCCAUGGAAGGAAGAAGAUGCCCCAAACCAAAGCCUCCCAGCUAUGCAGCAUGUGAAGAGCCUGAAUGAGACCAGAUGGGCCAAUGAAAAGAGACAUUUGAACCACCUGGUAAUCGCUGGCAGCUCAUCUGCUGAGGAGAGGGUCAGCUUUGGGAAAAUAAUUAAUAGGAGUUCCAACCCUGUUUUACGCCUGGCUGUUAAGAAUAGGAACUCUUCUAGAAUGAGAUCUGAGGUCCUUGAUACAUGGGAAAAUGUGUAUUUCCCUGAUGAGUCCAUUGAGAUACAGGCUACAGAAGAACUUGAUCAUCUUACUACAACCAAGAUGUCAUGCAGACCUGCCAAGCCUCUUAGUCUAGAUCACAGUGUCGAGAGUGGGCAGCAGUCCCUCCAGUGCACGCAACACGAAAAAGCCUUCCACUCAAACACUGUGUGGACACAUGAAGCGUUUCCUUUGGGAGAUGACUUGAGGCAGUUCAAGGAAUAUGGGAAAGCCUUUGAUAAGUUGGCUGUCAGUGCCCAAGAGGGGACUCACGUAAGGGAAGAAACUUCUGAUUAUGACAUGUGUAAGCAAUCAUUCUCUGACAAGUGUAACCACAUUCGGCAUUUAAAAACAUGCAUAAAAAACAAAUACAGUGAGUGUAGUGAUGGCGAGCCAACAUUAAACACAAAAGCAAGCUUCCUAACUCUGCAGAGCACUCUGCAUGUGUGGGAAAAGUCCUGUGGGUGUGGUGACCGUGAAAAAUGUGUUUGUCAGAUGCCAUCACAGAGGGCUAGUCAGAGUAAAGAGAGUAGUUGUGUGAAAAAAUUUUGCCCAAACUCAAAUUUCAAUGUGCCCCAGAGACCACACACAGGUAAAAAGCCCCAUGAAUGUAAUACAUCUUCAAAACUCAACAACCAACCUCAGAGACGUCACAGAUGUGGGAGAACCUAUCAGUGUAAAGUAUGUGGGAAAGCCUUCAAACACACACAAAACCUCUAUUUACACCACAGAACUCACACUGGUGAGAAGCCCUAUGAGUGUAAAGAGUGUAAGAAGCUGUUCAGCGUGAAGUCCAAUCUCAGUGUCCAUCAGAAAACUCACACAGGCGAGAAGCCCUAUGAGUGUGACAUCUGUGGGAAUGCCUUUAAGAGGAGGUGUGACCUAACUAUACAUCAGAGAGUCCACACGGGUGAGAAGCCCUACGAAUGUAAAGAGUGCAGGAAAACUUUCAGUAUAAAGUCAGGCCUCAUUGUACAUCAGAGAAUUCAUACAGGCGAGAAACCAUAUGAGUGUAACGUAUGUGGAAAACGUUUUAACCAGAAGUCAAACCUCUCCACACACGAGAGAAUUCACACAGGUGAGAAACCCUUUGAAUGUAAAGAAUGUGGGAAAUCAUUUAGUGUCAAGUCAUACCUCACUAUACAUCAAAAAACUCACUCGGGUGAGAAACCUCAUGCAUGAGAUCUGGCCUUGUAUGAGAAGACAAACCUCCAUGGACAUCACAGAGCUUACACAGGUGAGGAAUCCUGUGAACAUAGAGGGUGUGGAAAAAGUUUGUCAUCUCUCCAUGUAACUCAGAAUUCAGAGCCUGUGGAUGUGAACGUUGCAGAGAACCUGUCAGGCUUAAGUCAUAUCUCAAUUAGUGAACUCAAAACAGAGAAUGGGAUAUGUUCAGUAGACUUCUGCCAGAUGUCAAAUCUUAGUUAUUGAGGAAAUCCUACAGCUGAAAUCCUUUGACUGUGAAGUCUGGUGGAGGCUUCACAUGGAUAGAAACCCUAUGAGUGUAGCCUUGUGGAAAGCCCUUUAGUCAGAAGUCCCACCUCUGAGAAUCUCAGUGAGUUCACCCAGGCGAGAGCCUGCGACUGUGAGAGUGUAGGAAAGCCUCUCCCACCUUUGUCGCCUCUCCCUGUGUAUCACAGAAUUCAGAGCUGAGUUACUCGACAGUGUAAUCUAGACUAGUCACCUGCCACAUGUCAAACCUAGAUACAGGCCAGAGAAGUCUCCCAGCUGAGGGGCCUUAGGAGUGUAAGGACCAGGAAACAUUCCCAGCAGAUGUGUAUCCGAGUAGAAAAGCUCUGCAGAUGGAAAGGGAGGAAGUUUCAACAGCAGAUACAGCUCAGUACACGCCAAACACACACAGCUGAGUAACUGUUGGAAUGCUGUGUGUGUGGAGAAACCUUCUCAGAGCUCACAGUCACCAGGUGAGGGGCUCUGUGAUUGUGAGGACUCCUCCAGCUCUGAGGCACCCUUUACUGUAUACCAAAGAAGACACGUGGGAUAAGCCAUACCAAUUUAAUGUGUGUGUAAAAACUUGGUUCUGUAAGACAUCUGCCUGGAAUAGACAGCCACUGAAGCAAAACUCUGAAUACAAAAGCCGAGGAGGAGGGGAAGACCUGUGAAUUUAAAGAAUGUAAAAAAUACUUCAUAUUCUUGGGUUGUGUGCCAGAGCUCACAUAGGUAACCAUGUUCCCACGUAUGUCUAACAUAAACAGAUGUGUGUGCAUCCAAAACAACAAUCCCCUCAACACUCCUGAGAAGGCACAAGAGUGUGAGAUAGGUGGAAACACUGGAGAGCUCCCGGGCUGUAAGUGAUGAGUGUAACAUAUGUGGACAGCCCUUUUGCAGGAAGUCGGCCUCCACAUUGAGAGGGAGUUAUUGACGUGUGGAAAAGCAUCUCUAGAAUGGUCAUGGAUGUGGAAAUUGUCACUGUGAGAAGUCCUAUAAGCAGAGGGCUCGUGUGCUGAGAUUGGCUUUCUGGCCCUGGGACUGGCAGCCUGUAUGUAUAGUGUCAUGGAGAGACCAUGUCCUGAGUUACGGGAGUUUAAACAUUUGUGAUAAUUCAUUUCUUUCCAACCUUAUCCCCCAAUUGCAAUACAUUGUCCCUGGAUUUGUACUCGUGGCCAGAAAGGCAGAUGAGCUUAUCUUUGGCAACAAGGGAGUAUAGAGAAUGACACUAAUUUAAGGACAUGUUUUAUUGGAGAGAGCAGAGGUUUUAUAUGUGUUUGUAAAUCUCUUAUUUGUAUGAAUGAUAAAACAUUCUACAAGAGCUUUUUGAAACAUAAUGCAAAAUCAUUGUAACCCAUUUUACAAGCAUUUCAGCCAGGAAAUCUUUUGGGUUAGAAAACUCAGGAGAGGGCCCUUCUUGUCACCUGUGUAUUUUCAAGCCAUUUUGUGGAGAAAAACAUGAAAUUUCAAUAAAUUCUAAAUGCCUUACUUGAGCACCAGCAUUGCAUUGAGGAGCUACUAAAGGUUGUAUCAUGUGAAAUAUAUAUAUAUAUAUAUAUAUAUAUCCAUAAAACAUUAAAAUCCGUAUGUAUCAGAAACUAUAAAAUGAAAUCGUUUCCAGGAAGUGUUAAUUACAGUAUUAAAGUUUUUUUUUAUCUGGG